AUGUCUACACAAGCCAUCAAGAAGCCAUCGACAUCCUUUACGACCAAGAGAGUCAACCGCUCGACAUUCGUCAUCCGGGAAGAUGAUGCCUACGGCGAGCAUCCGUUGAUAUACGUGAAGAUACAUACCAGAGCGCCGUUGGUGGUGCUCAGUGAUACUGGUUGCGAUGAGCCGAGUGAGAAGCACCGACAUGACCGCUAUGUCCGCCUUCGAGAAUACAUCGAGGAAUACCCAGUCGAGGUAAACGACGGCAAGCCACUGAACCCAAACUGCAACCAAUACUUCGUAAUCUGCACGCACUGCCACUACGACCAUAUCGGAGGCAUCGGCCAAUUCCUACCAGGCGGCACCACCGAGAUCAUAGCCUCCUCAGCUGGACGAGACUUCAUCGAGUCAGACCUCGAAUCUCAUGGCCUGUUCAAGUACAUCGGAGCACCCGUCCCGUGGUUCAAAGUCACGUACUGGGCCAACUCAUUUGAACGAUUGAAGUGGCCUAUAUGGGAUGGUGAGGAACCGCGACCAUUUCAGACCAAUCUUGCCAUGUCCAUCAUCCAUACGCCUGGGCACACUCCAGAUGAGUUGGCGUGGUAUGACCAUGAUGAGAUGCAUCUUUCUUGCGGCGACAGCUUCUACGAAGAAGGAGAUGACGGCAUGCCGAUCAUCUUCCCAGCCCACGGGAACUUGAUUGAAUGGGUCUUCAGCAUGCAGAAGCUACUUGUCUUCGUACGAUCAGAGAACGCCAGGGCUGCAACAGUCGCCGAGGAAGCGACAGAGAACGGCUGGGUGCAAGUGUCGAAGCGUGUCAAAGUCAGCUGUGCGCAUCAAACGAUGGCGGUGGAUGGGGAGGAGAUCCUGGCUACGUUGGAGAAGUUCUCCUCGAGAGUGUAUAAUGGGGAUGUGCCCGUGGUGAAGAAGGAAGUGUGGCAGGAGGAGGCCUUCUACACUUGGAGAGAGAAUGACAAUCAGUCGAGGAUGAGCAUCAAGGCUCCUGCGAGAUUGAUGGAUGAUGCGAGGCGGUUCUUCAACUUGGAUGUAUAG